AUGGAUUCUAAAACAAAAUAUCUGCUUUUGUUCUCUCUCUGCAUCGCUUCAUCAUGGGCCGCCGACAUGUCCAUCAUAGCCUACGAUCGGGAGCACCACGGCGGGCCGGGCUCCCGGCCCGAAGACGAGAAAAAUGCUAAAGUUGUAACGAUCGAUAGCUAUGAGGACGUGCCUACAUAUAACGAGAAAGCCCUUCAGAAAGCGGUUGCCAACCAGCCAGUGGCUGUUGCCAUCGAAGCCGGUGGCAGAGACUUCCAACUCUAUGAAUCAGGCAUCUUCACGGGAAGGUGUGGGGUCCAGCUGGACCAUGGGGUCGCAGCCGUAGGGUACGGCACGGAAAACGGCAAGGACUACUGGAUUGUGCGCAACUCGUGGGGGUCCUCUUGGGGGGAGAAGGGGUACAUCCGUAUGGAGCGAAACGUGGGUGCGAAAUCGGGCCUUUGCGGGAUAGCAGUUGAGGCCUCUUACCCGACCAAGACAGGGGAGAACCCGCCCAAUCCAGGGCCUUCUCCACCCUCCCCUGUGGCCCCGCCUUCUGUGUGUGACGACUAUUAUUCGUGUCCAGAGAGCACCACUUGCUGCUGUGUGUAUGAGUAUGGCAAUUAUUGCUUUGCAUGGGGCUGCUGCCCGCUCGAGGGGGCCACUUGUUGUGAGGACCAUUAUAGUUGCUGCCCGCACGAGUAUCCCGUUUGCAACAUUUCUGCUGGCACCUGUUCCAUUAGUAAGGAUAACCCACUUGGGGUGAAGGCAAUGAAGCACAUUCUUGCCAAGCCAAUUGCGACUUCCGGCAAGGAUGGGAAAAGGAGCAGUGCUUGA